AUCGUUAAAAUAGUCAGCGUGACUACAGUGGUUCACUACAGUGGUUCUCGCUGUGAAGCGAUGAGAAUACUUUUUGUGUGCAAAAACAAAACAAAAAUAACGAUUUUAUUCAACAAAUUCGUCUCUCCCAUCAUUGUCCUAUGCAGAAUGCUUGCUUGGCAAUGCGUAUUACAACAUUAUAGCCAACAAACAUUUAUUCUCUCAUAACUUAAAGCAAACUGUCUUUGCAAAAUUCUGUUGAACAUUAAGUAUAAUGCCUAUUUAUGAAUAUAUUAUCAUACUGUAUCAUAUUUAAUAUGCAAAUUUCUAGGGUCUAUAAUUUAUCAAUAUGACCAAAACUUGACUGAAAAAUCUGUUGUACAGAAUCUACUUCAUGCCUUCUGUCCUCUGAUUGAUAGUUUUUUUUUUUUUUUUUUUUUCAUAAAUCUUUAAUGAUUAAGAUAAGAGGAGUCCUAUAAAUAUGUAGCCAACUCACCUAUGUUCCUCGACAUUUUUUUUUUUUCUGCAUCCCUCCACCACCCCGUCUCCUCACACUUGCCUGGUUACUAUCCUAAGCAAAGAUACAGGGGAGUACUCUGGAUUCGAACAACAAUCCGAGCUCGGAGCUCUCCCCUGGACAGCAAGCUCUAUCUAAUCCAGGGGUGUCCAAACUCGAUCCUGGAAGGCCGCUGUCCUGCAGAGUUUAGCUCCAACUUGCCUCAACACACCUGUCUGGAAGUUUCUAGGGCCACAUACACACGAAGCCAGAGCUUUCCCUAUCCGGUCUUUUUUUUUUUCCCCUCAUCUCAAGAAAUAUCUGCAUACACACGAAACCACUGAAACAACUCAAAAGGAUGUAGUAUACAUGCCAGACCAGUAUGUGGCGCUGUAAUUCUGCCAUAGAGACAGACUAAAAACCGAGAAUAAGAUAUGGAUCAUGCGUGUAAACCUUGCGCACUGUAUACAAACUUUAGUAAAGCUUAGAAAUAAAGCUUUAUUUUCGUAAAGCUAAUAGGCUCGGCAGCUGUUGCAGCGUGAACACAAGCAUGUAGUCCGCUGUUGUUGUUGUUGUUGUUGUUGUUACGUGGUGUAGCGGUGUCUGACUUGGGUCGAGACAUGAGGGGAUGACAUUGUUUCACAAACAAUAUACAAUUGUGUAAAGUUAAGUGCAUUUGCUAAGGAGAGGUGUGGUAAUUUGUGUUUCACUUGGAAUAAAGACGCCAGCACCAGCAAUCCCUUUCUCUUUAUUUGUCGUCUGUUGAAUAUUACAGUUCUGUGUGUUCAUGUAAACUAUGUGUGAAGUAGUAGCUUGAGUUUAUCUUCAUUAAUCUCUCUCUCUCUCUCUCUCUCUGAGGAAAUGGGUGUCUCCGUCACAUUCAGCACUUCAUGUUAAACAUGUAACCAGGAAAGAAAUACUCAAAACUCAUCUGAACACACAUCAAGAGCUUCAGAAGAACUGAAUCUACUGACAGAGAAGAUCAUUUAAUAAGAGAGAAGAAUGAAGAUCAUCUUGACUUUCACUCUACUGAUGAUUCCUGGAGUCGUGAGCUCCAUCAGUGUGACAGGAUAUUCAGGAGGAGCAGUCACGUUCACAUGUGAAUAUGAUGAAGGAUAUACAGCAAAUGUAAAGUAUUUUUGUAAAGGACAGUGGUUAGUCUGCAGAGACCAAAUCAAGACUAAAGAGAAAGAUAAAUGGGUUCAUUAUGGAAGAUUCUCUCUGUAUGACGACACAAGAUCAGCAGUCUUCAAUGUGACCAUCAGAGAUCUGACUGAAGAGGAUUCUGGGACGUACUACUGUGCAGCUGAUAUCUCUUUAGCUGAAGAUCCCUCCACUGAAGUGAAUCUGAAGGUUAUAACAGAGACAAAUGACCUGAAUACGCCAUAUCCUUCAUCAUCAUCGUCUUCAUUUCCAUCAGUAUCAUCAUCAUCAUCAUCACCACCACCAUUGUCGUCAUCAGUAUCUUCAUCAGUAUCAUCAUCAUCAGUAUCUUCAUCAUCAUUGUCAUCAUCAUCAGUAUCUUCAUCAUCACCACCAUCCUCAUCAUCACCACCAUCGUCAUCAUCAUCAUCAUCAUCAUCAUCAGUAUCAUCAUCACCAUCAUCAUCAUCAUCGGCAUCAUCAUCAUCAGUAUCAUCAUCACCACCAUCAUCAUCAUCACCAUCCUCAUCAUCGUCAUCAUCACCAUCAUCAUCAUCAGUAUCAUCAUCAUCAUCACUACCAUCGUCAUCAUCAGUAUCAUCAUCACCACCAUCAUCAUUGUCAUCAUCAUCAUCAUCAGUAUCAUCAUCACCACCAUCGUCAUCAUCACCAUCAUCAUCAUCAGUAUCAUCGUCAUCAUCAUCAUCAUCAUCAUCGUCACCACCAUCGUCAUCAUCAUCAGUAUCAUCAUCAGUAUUAUCAUCAUCAUUACCAUCAUCAUCAUCAGUAUCAUCAUCAGUAUCAUCAUCAUCAUCAUCAUCGUCACCACCAUCGUCAUCAUCAUCAGUAUCAUCAUCAGUAUUAUCAUCAUCAUUACCAUCAUCAUCAUCAGUAUCAUCAUCAGUAUCAUCACCAUCAUCAUCAUCAGUAUCAUCAUCACCAUCAUCAUCAUCAGUAUCAUCAUCAGUAUCAUCAUCACCAUCAUCAUCAUCAUCAUCAUCAUCAGUAUCAUCAUCACCAUCAUCAUCGUCAGUAUCAUUAUCAGUGAAAACCCAAAUGAUCACAGAAAUUUCACUUAAUACAACAUCAUCAACAACAAUAACCGACUCUUUAGUGAUCUUCAUUUCUGAGGUUUUGGUUUUGCUCCUAAUUGGUGUUCCGAUGUUUCUAGUGGCCGUACGGAAGAAUAAGCAGAUGCACGGAUUUUUCGGGGAUGAGGUCACUCAAGUUUCCUGCAGUUAUGUGACUGUCAGUAAAACUGACCUUCAUUCUGAUCUGAACAACACAGACACCAGAACAACUGCAGUCUACAGCGCUGUUCACUUACCCAUAAACCCCUCUGACUAGUCAAAACCACUCUGAUAUCUCACACACUGUGAGUGAACGUCCAGUGAGAAACAAUGGCUGGACUGUGAUCAUUUGGUGUAUAUUAAGUGUGUAUUUUAGAUGUAUUAAGUGUAUAUUUUAGUUUUAGAUGAAGCGUGUCACACUGCAGCAUAUUUGAAGUGAAUUAUUCUUAUAAUAUUUAUGUAACAUUUUUAAACAGUGUUUUUGAUGAUUUUAGAACUCAUUACUUUGUAUUGUUUUUAAAUCAAAUAUGAUUAAGUUCUUUGAUGUCUUAUAAAUAAUAAAAUGAAUGUAUACCAUC